GUACACUGUUCGGUGGAAGCCAUACCUGUCCACGGUGUAUGUCCAGAGGCAGCCUGGCUGGCACAUCCGCUUGUGGAGUGUGCGUGUGUCCUGGCCGCGCGUGGCAGCGUGUGCGGUGGGGGCGGGCGGGCGGCUGUGACGCGGCCUGAGCGCAGCGCGGCGCGAGCAGAGCAGGUGGAGCGGGCUGGCUGGGGCGGAGCAGAGCCCGCCGCACAGCAGCCCCUCCCGGCCGCGGCCGCUGACCCCGGCCCCCAGCCCGGCCUGACUCUAUGGACAGAAGCUCCCUGCUGCAGCUCAUCCAGGAGCAGCAGCUGGACCCUGAGAACACAGGCUUCAUCGGUGCAGACACCUUCGCUGGUCUGGUGCACAGCCAUGAGCUGCCCCUGGACCCGGCCAAGCUGGACAUGCUGGUGGCCCUGGCCCAGAGCAAUGAGCGGGGCCAGGUCUGCUACCAGGAGCUGGUGGACCUGAUCAGCAGCAAGCGCUCCAGCAGCUUCAAGCGGGCCAUCGCUAAUGGGCAGCGGGCACUGCCCCAGGAUGGGUUGCUGGAUGAGCCGGGCCUGGGUGUCUACAAGCGGUUUGUGCGCUAUGUAGCCUAUGAGAUCCUGCCUUGUGAAGUGGACCGCCGCUGGUACUUCUACCGGCACCGCAACUGCCCACCCCCCGUGUUCAUGGCCUCCAUCACCCUCGCCCAGAUCAUUGUGUUCCUGUGCUAUGGGGCACGCCUCAACAAGUGGGUGCUGCAGACCUACCAUCCUGAAUACAUGAAGAGCCCCCUUGUGUACCACCCUGGGCACCGUGCCCGGGCCUGGCGCUUCCUCACCUAUAUGUUCAUGCACGUUGGGCUGGAGCAGCUGGGGUUCAAUGCCCUCCUGCAGCUGAUGAUUGGGGUGCCCCUGGAGAUGGUGCAUGGCCUGCUCCGUAUCAGCCUGCUCUACCUGGCAGGUGUGCUGGCAGGCUCUCUGACUGUCUCCAUCACCGACAUGCGGGCCCCCGUAGUGGGAGGCUCUGGCGGGGUCUACGCCCUGUGUUCAGCACACCUGGCCAACGUCGUCAUGAACUGGGCUGGGAUGAGGUGUCCUUACAAGCUGCUGAGGAUGGUGCUGGCCUUGGUGUGCAUGAGCUCCGAGGUGGGCAGGGCUGUGUGGCUGCGCUUCUCCCCGCCACUGCCUGCCUCAGGCCCGCAGCCCAGCUUCAUGGCGCAUCUCGCGGGCGCGGUGGUAGGUGUGAGCAUGGGCCUGACCAUCCUGCGAAGCUACGAGGAGCGCCUGCAGGACCAGUGUGGCUGGUGGGUGGUGCUGCUGGCCUACGGCACCUUCCUGCUCUUCGCCAUCUUCUGGAACAUCUUUGCCUAUGACCUGCUGGGUGCCCACAUACCCCCGCCACCCUGACCAGCUCCCUUGGGCUGGGCUCAGGCAUGUGGUGAACUGGCCACCAAGCAGGCCUUUGUGUCUGCCCUCCAGGGAUGGACGUCUCAAGGCUGCUGCUCCCCAUGGGGCAGGUGGCCCCUGUGGCCCACUGAUUUGAGGCCAAGGUUUACUUUAGCCCUGGCUGCCCAUCAAAGGUCUGGUUGGAAGGGCUGCUGGGCCAGGGAUGGGUGGGUGGCCUCAGAUUAGUCCUUAUCCACCUCCCACCCCUACCUCCACCCCUAGGACUUGCAGUCUGAGCCUUUUUCAAAAAUGAAUAAAUAUUUU